GGGCGGGGCCGGGCAGUGCCGGGAUGGUGCGGACCAAGGCGGACCAGCGCGGCGGCGCCUUCCGCAAGGUGUUGGUCGCCCGGGCUCCCCGGAAGGCGCUGGGGCCCGCCAGCCUCAACGCGGGACCGCCGCCGCCGGUCAGGAAGGGUGACCGGCGCCCCGUGGGGCUGAACCCGGUGUGUGUGCGGCCGAUUCCCGCCUGGCAGAGGAGCAUCGGCGAGUUCCUACAGCUCCCGCCCAAGGAGAACCGGGCGCCCGACGGAGCCGUGCCCGGGAGCAGCGGCCUAGGAGCUCGGCCCCUGCCACCGGAUCCUGCCGAAGAUGGAGAGUCCUCUGAGGAGGAGUAGAUAUGAUCUGACCUCAGUUUUCAUGAUAAACUUCUCCUCCUACUUGAGCCGGUUUUUGUACAUUUUUACAGUUUUUUAUAAUUUGUUAUGGCUUACGUUCAGCUGUUGUACAGGACUAAAAGUCUGACAGACAGCAGCAACACUGUGGAGAAAUUAAUUAAUUUAUACAUUUUGGCACUUAGCAUUCAGUGUAAAUCGUUGGUUUAGUUUUUAUCUGGUUUUCCUUGAGUUCCUCAGUGCCUCCUUCAUGUCAGGCAGCUUUUAUCUUUCAUCUUCUGAUUGCCUUUUGCUUGUCCAGGACUUGCAUGGCCGUGGUUGUUCUGUUUUUAGGAAGCAGAUCCUUAUUUUUUUUAAUACAUUAAAGCCUUCUGAGCACACAC